AUGUCCGGGCCUUCGUCGUCUUUGCUUUCCUCGUCCUCCUUGCUGGCCACGGCCGGGUCGGGUUUUCUGCUGAACUUUCGCGAGCGGCCGCACGUCAGCAGCCGCCGGAAGAAGGGCAAACGGAAGGGAUACGUAAGGCGACGGCAUCGGCGCCGGAACCUGCAACGGAAUUCAGAGAGACAUCUGACCCAGGAAGAGCUUGAAUGGGCUGAGAACUAUUUGUGGUCCUCGGUGCAGGCAGAAACGUACCCAGAUGAAGUAGCAGCGCUGAAAGCUGGUGGUUCAAACAAGGUGAUAGAGAAAACCAGCAAAAUCUACAGACUUUCUCCGUUUCUGGACGACCGAGGAGUUCUACGCGUAAACAGCCGCUUGUGCAUGGCACCGUAUGCAACCUACGAUUUUAAAUACCCGAUAGUCCUGCCGCGAGAGCACCGUCUGACGGAUUUGGUCAUAGAUGCGUACCAUCGCAAGUUCUUACACGGAAACCGCGAAACUGUUGUAAACGAGCUCAAGCAGCGGUUCCACGUGUCGAGGUUGUGUACAGUCGUCGAACGGACUGCUAAGAACUGCCAAUACUGCAAGAUCGAAAAGGCGAAGCCGUUUGUUCCAAGGAUGGCGCCUCUGCUUACAUCUCGCCUCACUCCAUACCUGCGCCCUUUUUCGUUUGUCGGGAUCGAUUAUUUUGGACCAGUACAAGUUCGAAUUGGGCGUAGCGUCGUAAAGAGGUGGGUAGUUCUAUUUACUUGCUUGUCCAUACGAGCUGUCCACCUGGAAGUAUCCUAUACAUUGUCAUCGGAGUCCUGCAAGCUGGCGAUCCGUCGGUUCAUCGCACGCCGAGGGGCACCGUGUGAAAUCUACACCGACAACGGUACAAAUUCCCAGGGUGCUAGUCGUGAGUUGCGAGCAGAAAUCGAAGACAUGCAUCAAAAAUUGGCCGAAACGUUCACCAAUGCGAACACUAAAUGGGUUUUCAACCCACCCUCAGCUCCACACUUCGGAGGGAUUUGGGAGCGAUUAGUGCGGAGUGUCAAAACCGCGCUCAACAGCCUAUCCAGUUCACGGAAUCCUGACGACGAGACGCUAUUGACGAUUCUCCCUAGCGAUCCCGAUGCACUCACUCCUAACCACUUCAUUCUUCUGAGCUCCAAAGGAGUGGUUCAACCGCCGAAGACGUUAACAGAAGCCGAUCGAGCUGCGCGAACCAAUUGGGAUUUGGCGAGGCAACUGAUCGACCAGUUUUGGACGAGGUGGAUUCGGGAAUACUUGCCCGUAAUCGCGCAUCGUUCCAAAUGGCACGAGGAGGCAGAGCCGCUGAAAAUAGGAGACCUGGUGGUUAUUGUGGACGAAGGAACUCGCAACGGUUGGAUCCGAGGUCGGAUUGCGUCCGUUAUUCCAGGACGCGACGGAACGAUACGUCAAGCUUGGGUACAAACAUCAACUGGGUUGCUACGUCGGCCAGUUUCGAAGCUGGCGGUGCUGACUGUGGAAGCAACUGGUAAAGCGAAACCGGAAGUUCAGCGUUACGGGUCGGGGAAUGUUGAGGACGCAGCCAACGACGCGGUAAUCACUCGGCCGACCUAG